AGUCGGCAUGGCCCAGAAACACGACUGUCAGGUCUCCAUCAGGGAGUACAGGCCCUCGGAUGAACAUGUGGUCACGUCGCUCUUUCGCAGCGGGUUGCUCGAACACGUGUACCCGGCUUUCUUCAAGGCCAUGGGCCAUCCGGACCACGUCGGCGUCGCUCUGAGCGUUUCAAUGGCCGGUUAUGUGCUGGGGGGCAGCUCCUACUUCCAGGCCUUGCUGUUUGGCAGCGCAUGGGCCGGCCUCAUUUAUUACUGCUGUCGCGAGAUCUACGAAGGCUACAUGCUGAGGAGGCUGAGCACGGACAUGGCUGACAUUCGAGCCACCUACCUGGAAAACCCAGAUAACGGCUUCUGGGUGGCAGAGGCGGACGUCAACGGCCAGUCCAAGGUGGUGGGGAUGGUGGCAGUGAUGGGGAGGCGGGAAGGAGAGGAAGGCGAGAGGUUUGACGACUGCAACGGGGGACUGAUGGGAGGAGGCUCAGAGAUCGCCCAGGACGCCGGAGACGGGAGCUACGGCGAGGUGUCCCACGUGGUCGUGGCGUUUCCGUGGCGCCGCAGAGCCGUGGGCGCGCAGCUGACGAGGAAGGCCCUCGAUUUCUGCAAAGAGCGAGGCUACACCCACAGCGUCCUGGACGUCAGCUCGCCGCAGACGGCGGCCGUUUCCCUUUGCCAAAAAUUCGGUUUUGUUCAAACCGCGUCGCACAGUAACACGCACGCUAACCGCUGGCUCUCCAAGCUGGCCAGAGUAAAUGUGAUGCGAAUGGAGAAGCUCAUCUGA